AUGGCUGAAGAAGAGCAUAUUGAUGCAUCUGCAUCAGCAACCGAGCCUGUUGGAUAUUUAAGAGGGUCGUACAAUUCCUCUCUUUUAGUUAAGUACGGACAUCAUAUUGCUAGACAUAUAUGGUUCGUUGAUGAGAGAGGUUCGAAGAAAGAGUUAAAGGUAGCAGGACAUAGGUUGAAGUUGAUUCAGAGGGUUCCACUACAGCUACCAAGAGAGAUGGAGGGUUGGAUAUCUAGGUCUGGUCUAGCUUCACUCCAGAGAACCAGUUUGACAAAGAUAGACACGAACCUGGUUUCCGCAUUUGCAGAGAGAUGGCAUCUAGAGACAUCUUCAUUUCACAUGACGUUUGGUGAGAUGACGAUUACUCUAGAUAACGUCUCUUGCCUGCUUCACUUGCCCAUCAGAGGAGUCUUCUGGAGCCCUCAAGAUAUCAUGAAGGACUUGUUAUUGAGUGGGUUGUUGAUUACUUAUGAAUGUCACAGAGAGUGGCACAACAACAAGUCCGUGACUGCAGGGGUUCUUAUUAUAAGUUGGAGUGGCUAUAUGAUCGAUUUGUAG